AUGGACGGGAAAACCUCUCCGCCCACGGCAGAGCCCAGCAGUGUCCUUCCCAGCCUCCAUGCCUCCACAGGCAGCAGCAUCUUCGGUGCCCGACCUGCAAAGCCCCGAGAAAGCGUCCUUGGCAUUAGCUUCAAGCCCUACAGCCCAGAGUCCUGCCCAGCCCCGGCGCCCUGCACGACCUGUGAGAGCUCACGUAAAGGAUCCUCCAUGUUCAGAGCUCCUUGCAUGAGCCAGCGACGGCUUGCGCUCAUCUUCUGCAUCUCCGUGCUCAUCGUGCUGCUCAUCGCCCUCAUCCUGCUGUUUAUGUUCUGGCGGUCACAGACCGGCAUCGUGUACAAGGAGCCCGCCGAGAGCUGCAAGGACAGCCCUGUGCGCUGCGACGGCGUCGUCGACUGCUCCCAGAGGAGCGACGAGCUGGACUGUGUGCGCUUCGUGUCCAACGAGUCCUUGCUCCACGUCUACUCCAGCGCCGAGAGCCUGGGGCUGUUGGUGUGCAGCAGCGCCUGGGACGACUCCUUCUCCCGAAAGACCUGCCGGCAGCUGGGAUUUCAGAAUGUGUCGCAGACCGAAUACGUUCCCCUGCAGGUCUCUGGCAAGAGCCUCACCGUGACCGACGAGGGAGAGAGCAUCCAACAGAGCCUCAACAGCUCGCAGUGUCUCACGGGAAAGUACGUCUCCCUCCGAUGCACAACCUGCGGGCAGCGGAUUUCUGGCCGGAUCAUUGGAGGAAAGGAAACCUCCGCGAGCAAAUGGCCCUGGCAGGGCAGCGUGCAGGUCGGCUCGGCCCAGCCCUGCGCCCCGUGACUCACUCCUUGCUGCCUCCAUCGCUCCUUGCCCAGGAACAGCAUGAAGAUCCUCGAUGACUGGAAGGUGUAUGGCGGGGUCUCGGACCUGAAGCAGCACGCAGAGGGCAUCCCCGUCUCCCAGGUCAUCAUCAACUCCAACUACAGCGACGAUCACGAUGACUACGACAUCGCUCUCAUGAAGCUCUCCAGGCCGCUGACGCUCUCAGCCCAGGUUCGCCCAGCCUGCCUCCCCAUGUACGGCCAGCGGUUCCAGACUGGCAGGUCCUGCUUCAUCACCGGCUUUGGGAAGACCAGGGAGAACGAAGAUAACACGUCCCCGAAGCUGCGGGAGGCCGAGGUGAAGCUGAUUGACUACAAGAUCUGCAACAGCGACAAGGUGUACGAGGGCUACCUGACGCCACGGAUGAUGUGCGCUGGGUACCUGCAGGGAGGGAAAGAUGCGUGCCAGGGUGACAGCGGAGGGCCCCUGGUCUGUGAGGACAAUGGCCGCUGGUAUGUGGCCGGAGUGACGAGCUGGGGGACAGGAUGUGGCCAGAAGAACAAGCCCGGUGUUUACACACGUGUGACAAAGCUCCUCAGCUGGAUAUACAGCAAAAUGGAGGUGAGGUGGCGUGGCAGGGCUGUGCUGGCACAGGAAGACUUCUCCAGUGGCGCCAGAUGCUUUGAGGCACGCAAGGUGCUACGGGAGGGCCCUGGCUUGGCAGUGCGAGCGCCCAUCGGGUGGGCAGAGGCGGGCUGCUCCUUCGCCGAGGCUGCAAUCCUCUCCCAGAUGUGUGACCAGCUGCAGAGGGGUCUGGGGGAGCGUGGCCACCCCACGCUCUUCUCAAUAAACGUUUUGGUAGUGCUCCGUGUGGAGACGGCUCUUUUGGAUGGGCUGGAAAGCAAGCCGUUUGCAGACGCUUGCAAACUCGGCAUUACAGGGGAGAAGAACUUAAACUUGGAGCGGAAAGUUCUGGAGAGCAAGCGGCUCGUUUCCUGA